GCUGUGUUGUAUUUCCUAAGUGUGAAGCCUUGGUGAAGGCUGGUGGAGCACAGAGAAAUGCAGGCCAAAAUGCAGACUCUUGUCAGAUGCAAUGGGAGGAUUUUCCUGGCUGUUUGUAUAAUCCUCUUUAUGGGAUACACAGCACAAGGUGUUCCGGUGCAGAAAGCCAGGUACAAGAGAGUAAGAUGUAGACCUAAUGCCUGGUUGUCUAACUGCAUUGAAGAAAAAGGACCACUGUUUGAAAUGCCUGAAGGUGGAGCCAACAGAAUCCUCCCUCCUAUGGCUGAUUCAUUUCUGAUGAAGACAUUUCAGGAGCAGCGUGAAAUUUUUCCACUUUCUGAAGAGGCAUCUGGAUCUGGGAUGGAAGACACAUUUGAAACAGAACCAGAAUCUGGGUCAGGAAUGGAUUACAAUGUAGAGUAUUCUAACGUGAUACUUCCUGAUUUAGUGCUUCGCCAACAAAAAUCAGAGCUGAAGGAGAAACUAACAGAAGAAGAUUUAAUUCUGUAAGAGAGAAUUUAACCUCUACCAUGAGGAUGAUUAUUUCCCAAACUUCUCUGUUGUAUAACUAAGUGUGAUUAUUCUCAGGAAAAAAGCAAAUUUAUAAAAAUUUAUAAACAAUUAAAAUGUGCCUUAUCUUUAUUGCUUUUCAUUAUUAAGACUAUAUUAAAUGUGAGCUUAUUCUGUGUUUCUGUAAGUAAAAUAGACAGGCAAAUACUGAGAAACUGGAAUUUAAAAUAUCCUUCAUAAUAGCACUGAUACAAAUGCUAAUAUAGACAAAAAAAGACUGCAACAAUAUAUAUUUAAUAGGAGUAACUGUCCUACAGAUUAAUGUAACUUGAAGUUAACUGCUUGUUUUCCUUGUAUCUGGUUUUCCUGGAUAAUUAUCUCAAUAAAGUAUACGUAAGCAUUUUUGCAAAAUUA